AUGGUCCGGAGGUCCCGGCUCUCAGCCCAGGAAUUUGGCCAAGUCCUUCUUGAACCCGCUGUUGUUUUUCCCGGCCCUGAGAAACUUCCUGACUUUACAACCCCUUCCUCUGGCAGCCUGAAGAAUCCUGAGGCUUUCGUCUAUUUGCACUCCUCUCUCUGCGCCCUUCUGUAUAUGCCGUUCUACCAGCGUCCUCCUGCCCGGUUGUUGAAGGUGCGCUCUCCUUCACGGGCCUUCUGCUCCUGGGCCUCCUCAAGUUUAUUCCCCCACUUGCACGGAAUUCCCCCAGCCCCUGCUCUGUGCCCCCUGAAACUCAGCAGCUUGGUGCGGGAGGUGGCGGGCCUCUGCCUGCACGAGGAGGCGCAGGGCUCGGUGCGGCUGCUGCGGGGGUCCCCGGCCUGGCGGGACCCCGGCCCCCGUGCCCCCCGCGCCCCCCGGCCCGCCCCGCGCCCGCUCCGCAUCCGGGCCUGGUACCCGGGCCGGCCGGCCGGGGCCCGCGCGGAGUCGGCGGUGGAGGCGGCAGUGGAGCGAGUCAAGGCCGCCCUGGCAGUCCUGCCCCUGCAGAGCCCCUUGCUGCUGAGCCGCGAUCCGGCCCGCUACUGCCUGGCUGUCUGGGGAGAUGCCAUUCCUGACGCCCACCUGCAGGGCUUGGCCUUGUGGCCCGAGUUUGGCUCCCCAGAGUUGCUCCUACCGGAUGGGCCUGGGAUCCCGGACGCCGACUUCCUCCUGUACGUGCGGGUGGUCCAGACCCCCAAAUGCCAUCAACCCCCCCCUCAACUCUUCUCUCCUUUUCCCUUCCUUUCCAAGCUCCCUAUCCUUUUUCUCUUUCUGCCGCAGCCCUCCGUCAUCGCCUAUGCCGCCUGCUGCCAACUGGGCCCCAACGACAGGCCCCUCGCAGGCACCAUUGUUUUCUGUGCCCGGCGCCUCGCUGCUCCCGACUACAGUCACAGCGACACAGUCACGGCCACUGUGCACGAGCUGCUCCACACGCUGGGCUUCUCUGGGAGACUGUUUGGCAAGUGGCGAGACUGUACCCCCAUCUUGGGCACUGAACAGGACUGUUCCCCGUGGCGGCGGGUGACCCAGCAGGAUGAGUUGGGACAGCUGCACCUGAUCACGCCCGCCGUGAGGCUCAGCUUGGCUGGUCACCUGGGUAGCCCGGACGUCGCCCUGGGAGCCCCCCUGGAGGAGGAGGGUCCAUCCUCCUCGCACUGGGAGGCCCGGCUGCUCCAGGGGUCGGUGAUGACGUCCACCUUUGCUCGCUCCCGCCAUGCGCGGCUUGACCCCAUCACCCUCGCGGCCUUCGUGGACAUGGGCUGGUAUCAGGUUAACCUCAGCGUGGCGCAGGAGCUGGAGUGGGGCCGAGGUGCUGGCCCAGACUUUGGCCUGGUGACCACCUGCGGGACCAGCUCCUCUGACUUCUUCUGUAAUGGCAGCGGCCUGGGCUGCCACUACCUGCACCUGGACAAGGGCCGCUGCUCCUCGGAUCCCUUGCUGGACGGGUGCCGCCUGUACAAGCCUCUCACCAACCGGAGCGAGUGUUGGAAGGAGGGAAACACCCCCGAGACUGGGGCCGCAACCCUCCACGGGGAGAUCUACCACCCCGGCAGCCGCUGCUUUCUGGCCAACCUCACCUCUGACCUGCUCCCUGCGAGCCCCAGCCGGGCCCCAGGGGCCCAAGAGGACCUCUCAGGCCGCUGCUACUUACAUCGCUGUGGGACGGGCAGGGUGUCCCAGGUGCGGGUGGAAGGGGCACCUUGGCUCUCAUGCCCACUGCGGGCAGCCAUUCAGGUACCCGGAUAUGACGGCCUCCUCUUCUGUCCCCGAAGCAAACUGUGCCAGGCUGCCCUGGGCCCCGAGGCCACCCCCCAGCCAUCUGGGAGUCCUUCUCCCCCUGGCCUGCUGCUCCAGCUGACCCUGGGGCUGGUGGGGCCUCCUGGUCACUCUCUGAGCAAGGGGCAGGGGCAGGAGCUGGCCCAGGCUGUACUGCGGGACCUGCUGGGCAGAGCGGGCACCGGCAGGUGUCACUUCGGCAGCCCAGCACUGACCCCCAGCCUGGUCUUCACCGUGCGCGUGCUGGAGUCGCCCACCUGCCGCUUCCCGCCAGCCCGGGUGCUGCACGGGGCCCUGAGCCGCUCCCUCCGGAACAGAGCCCUGAGCGUGGACUCCGCCGGGGCCAGCUACACCACCGACCGGGCCAGGGUCAACCACACCACCCAGCAGCCGGGCUCCAAAUGGCUGAUCCCAUCCAACUCCACUAGCCCGGCCACAGUGGGGGCCUUAGCCCUGGGCCUCUGCCUCCCUCUACUCCUUCCGGCAGCUGCCUGGGGAGCCGCGGCCUUCCGGAGACAUCGAGCCGCCCUGCGUGCUGGCCCGCAGCUGAGGGAAGCUCGGUCACGCCAGAUUACGGGGGAGGAGAACGUCAUCGUUCCUGACCUUCCCAAUCUCUUCCGGGAAAGAGAGCCCCGGCCAGCACAACUGGCUCCUCCCCUGGGGGAGCCGGCCACAGGGAGGGCUUGGUCCUGGCCCCUGGACUUCACGUGGAGUCACAUGUAG